AUGAGUGGUAAAGUUCCAUAUUUAAAGGAAAAAGAUAAAAGUAUUAAACAAAUUAUGAUUAAUAUUAAACUUGGUCUUAGAGAAUACAGAAUGAUUGGUGCUCCUGAUAAAUAUGUUGAACUUUAUGAGAGUUGUUGGAAUAAAAAUAGUUCAAUUAAUGAGGUUUCCAUUCUGGUGAAAUUAAAUUACGAAAGCUCAGAAUUUUCUGAACCUUCUUUUAACACUUCAUCGAAAUUAGAUGAAGUUGCAGAUAUUAUUGAACCUGAAGUUAGCACAGCGAGAAAAUUAACUGCGGCAAUCGGAGAAAUAACUAUAGUAAAAGUUCCAUUCAAAACUUUUAGUGAAUUAUGUAGAGAAUUUGAUAGUUGGAUAAAUUUAUUGAGUUUUACCAUAUUAAUUAAAGAAAAAAUUCGCGUUGAGGACGAAGCUGAACAAUUAAAAUCUGAUCAAGAUGAUUUAAAUAAAUAUAUGUUAGAAAUGGGAGUUAACGUCAAAGAAAUUGGAACUGAUAAAGAAGAGAUUUCUCUAAUGGUUUUAAAAAUCAAUGCAAUGAAUAAUAAGAUGGAAAAACUACUGGACGAACAAAAUAAAAAAAGUAAUAAAUUAGAAUUCACAGAUUAUAAAGAAACCAAUGAACAGCGGAAUGAUGGUCGUAUUACUAGAUACCUUGAUAUUAAAAAUGAGGCUCGAGAAUUUGCAUUUAAGAACAUCUCUGAU